GUACAUAGUCAAUGCUACCCUUCUUUGUUUGAAGUUUGCUGUUUUCGUUUAUGGUUGACUAUCAAUUUCAUGCAUGUUUGUGUCAGUCACAACUCUAAACGUGAACUCGGUGGACAAUUUUCUGUCAGUUGAAGGAUCUCUGUUUGAACUGCUGCUUGUACGUCAUGUAGCUAUCACCAAUUCACCCCCUGGAUUCUUAACCUGGUUUUGCUCUACAGCUUAACUGUGUGACUGAUCUCGGAGACAGAGGGGAAGAUGCCUCCCAGGCCGUCUUCGGGGGAGCUAUGGGGCAUCCACUUGAUGCCUCCCAGGAUCCUGGUGGACUGCCUGCUGCCCAAUGGAAUGAUUCUGACUCUCGAGUGUCUCCGAGAGGCCACGCUCAUCACCAUCAAACAUGAGCUGUUCAAGGAGGCCAGGAAAUAUCCCCUCCACCAUCUCCUUCAGGAGGAGACGUCCUACAUCUUUGUCAGCGUUACCCAGGAAGCAGAGCGGGAGGAGUUCUAUGAUGAGACCAGAAGACUAUGUGACCUCCGACUCUUCCAGGCCUUCCUCAAGGUCAUUGAACCGGUUGGCAACAGAGAGGAAAAGAUCCUCAACAGAGAGAUUGGUUUUGCCAUUGGUAUGCCAGUGUGUGAGUUUGACCUUGUGAAGGAUCCCGAGGUUCAAGACUUCAGGAGGAACAUCCUGAAUGUUUGUAAAGACUCUGUGGAGCUGAGAGACGCCAGCGGACCCCACAGUAGAGCGCUGUAUGUUUACCCACCAAAUGUAGAAUCCACACAGGAACUUCCCAAGCACAUCUAUAGCAAACUGGACAAAGGUCAGAUCAUUGUUGUGAUUUGGGUGAUUGUUUCUCCAAACAAUGACAAACAAAAGUAUACAUUGAAGAUCAACCACGACUGUGUCCCUGAACAGGUGAUCGCAGAGGCCAUUCGUAAGAAGACGCGCAGCAUGCUGCUGUCCCCAGAGCAGCUAAAGAUGUGUGUUCAGGAAUAUCAGGGUAAAUACAUCCUCAAAGUUUGUGGCUGUGACGAGUACCUGCUGGAAAAGUACCCCAUCAGCCAGUAUAAGUAUAUCCGUAGUUGCAUCAUGCUGGGCAGGAUGCCUAACCUGAUGCUAAUGGCCAAGGACAGCCUGUACACUCAGCUGCCAACAGAUAACUUUGUCAUGCCGUCAUACUCUCGACGCAUCUCUACGGCAACAUCCUAUAUGAAUGGAGAGGCAGCUGCCAAGUCACUGUGGACCAUCAAUGGAACCCUGCGAAUACGAAUCCUCUGUGCCACCUAUGUUAACGUCAACAUACGGGACAUAGACAAGAUAUAUGUGAGAACAGGCAUUUACCAUGGAGGUGAACAGAUGUGUGACAAUGUCAACACACAGAGAGUACCCUGCUCUAACCCCAGGUGGAAUGAGUGGCUCACCUAUGAUAUGUACAUCCCAGACAUACCCCGUGCUGCCAGACUCUGCCUCUCCAUCUGCUCUGUCAAGGGCAGGAAGGGAGCCAAGGAGGAGCACUGUCCACUAGCUUGGGGUAAUAUCAACUUGUUUGACUACACUCACACUCUGGUGGCAAACAAGAUGGCUCUGAACCUCUGGCCUGUCCCUCAUGGCCUUGAAGACCUCCUCAACCCCAUAGGAGUCACAGGGUCCAACCCUAAUAAGGAAACCCCAUGUCUGGAGCUGGAGUUUGACCACUUUAGUAGUUCAGUCAAAUACCCAGAAAUGAAUGCAGUAGAGGAUCAUGCAAACUGGACCGUCUCGAGGGAACUGGGGUUUAACUACAACCUCUCUGGACAGAGCAACCGGUCGGCCAGAGAUCACGCCCUGACAGAGAGCGACACCGAGCAGAUGAGACAGCUGAGUAACAGAGACCCUCUUUCAGAAAUCACUGAGCAGGAGAAAGACUUCCUCUGGAGACAAAGGCACUACUGCAUGAACAUCCCUGAGAUCCUUCCCAAGAUCCUUCUCGCUGUAAAAUGGAACUCCAGAGAUGAAGUAGCACAGAUGUAUUGUCUGUUAAAGGAAUGGCCGUCUAUCCGUCCUGAGCAGGCCAUGGAGCUGUUGGACUGUAACUAUCCAGACCCCAUGGUCAGGCACUUCGCUGUACGCUGCCUUGACAAACACCUUGCUGAUGACAAACUGUCUCAAUACCUGAUCCAGCUUGUACAGGUAUUAAAAUAUGAGCAGUAUCUUGACAAUCCCCUGGCCCGUUUCCUCCUGAAAAAGGCCCUGACCAAUCAAAGGAUAGGUCAUUUCUUCUUCUGGCAUCUCAAGUCAGAAAUGCACAAUAAAACAGUGAGCCAGAGGUUUGGUUUGCUGUUGGAGGCUUACUGCAGGGCAUGUGGCAUGUACCUCAAACACCUGAGCAGGCAGGUAGAGGCCAUGGAAAAGCUCAUUAACCUCACUGACAUCCUUAAACAGGAGAAGAAGGAUGAGACCCAGAAGGUCCAGAUGCGGUUUCUUGUGGACCAGAUGAAGAGACCGGACUACAUGGAUGCUCUGCAGAACUACACCUCUCCUCUCAACCCUGCACACCAACUGGGAAACCUGAGGUUAGAUGAAUGCAGAAUCAUGUCAUCAGCGAAGAGACCGCUGUGGCUGAACUGGGAGAAUCCUGACAUCAUGUCCGAGCUGCUCUUUCAGAACAAUGAGAUCAUCUUCAAAAAUGGCGACGACUUGCGGCAGGAUAUGCUCACGUUGCAGAUUAUAAAAAUCAUGGAGAACAUUUGGCAGAAUCAGGGACUGGACCUUCGGAUGCUUCCGUAUGGCUGUCUGUCGUUAGGAGACUGUGUGGGUCUCAUUGAAGUGGUUCGCAGCUCCCACACCAUCAUGCAGAUUCAGUGUAAAGGGGGCUUGAAAGGAGCCCUGCAGUUCAACUCAAACACUCUGCAUCAGUGGCUCAAGGACAAGAAUAAGGGCGAGAUGUAUGACAUGGCUGUGGAUCUGUUCACAAGGUCCUGUGCUGGCUACUGUGUAGCUACAUUUAUCCUUGGGAUAGGAGACAGACACAACAGCAACAUUAUGGUCAAAGAUGAUGGACAGUUGUUUCAUAUAGAUUUUGGCCAUUUCCUGGAUCAUAAGAAGAAGAAAUUUGGCUACAAGAGAGAGCGAGUUCCCUUUGUACUGACGCAAGACUUCCUCAUCGUCAUCAGCAAGGGAUCCCAAGAGUGUGCAAAGACCAAAGAGUUUGAGAGGUUCCAAGAGAUGUGUUAUAAAGCCUACCUGGCGAUCCGGCAGCAUGCUAACCUCUUCAUCAACCUGUUCUCCAUGAUGCUGGGCUCUGGUAUGCCUGAGCUGCAGUCAUUUGAUGACAUUGCCUACAUUAGGAAGACGCUAGCCCUGGAGAAAAGCGAACAGGAGGCGUUGGACUACUUUAUGAAACAGAUGAACGAUGCUCACCAUGGAGGAUGGACCACCAAAAUGGAUUGGAUAUUCCACACAAUUAGACAGCAUGCCCUAAACUGAUCUCCUGCAAACAAACAAAAAACACCAGUGCCACUCUGGGGUAACAGGAAGUUUUGAGCUUGAUUUUGUUUUUAUUUAUUUUUUUAAACACCACAUUUUUAUCCAUCUUAUCGAGGUUCUGUUGUUUUUUCCUUUUCUUGCCCUUAUCAUGUACUUUUUUCUGCGGUCGUGAUGCCCUCACUUUACCCUCGUACUUGUUCAGGAGUCUACAAGAGAGCAUUGUCCAGAGUCCUAUUCAAGAUGUUCCCUAUUUGGAUGUUUGCAUCCUUAGCUACUUUUUUUGCUCAGUUUUUUUCCCCUGUUGACCCCUGCUACUCUUGCUGGAAAAACGAUAAUUGGACAAAACAGCAUAAAGAAGAUAUAUCUGCUCAUCUAAAAUUUUAGCCACCAAGUAAGUUCAACUUGCUGCACUUCUGCACUGUGUCUCCGCCUCAGAAAGGAGGUGCUUGUGAACCCUUUUUUUUAAUCGUAUCUCUGAUGAGACGUUAGCAGGCACUAGGAACUUAUCUUACAUAAUAAGUGUCAAUCAAAUUUGUUGCACGGUGCAGGAUUACUGGAGUAUGGGGUCUUCUGUGAUGACUACCACUGCACAGUCUUCCACCAUAUUUGUGGUGAAGUUGCCCUCCUGAGCUGAUUUGGUGUCAGCUUUGUCACCUCUUAAACCUUUGAGAAAAUAAUUCAAAGCUCAAAAGAAGAGUCUCUGGGUUGUUCAACAGUCUCCCUGCUUUUAUGAAAAAGCACUCCACCCUUGGGAACAUUUGUUGGUGGUGCAGCUAUGACUCUUUGCAUAAACGUCAGGGUAAUGAUGCCUGUCCUUAAAAAAACUGCACUUAGAAAUAAUAUACAGAUUUAUUAUACCUUUUAAAAUGUAUUUAUGUAUGCCGUUUCUUUCAGUUUCUACGUACACAGCCAAAACUCUCCACAAUCAUUGCUAUUGUAAAUAUAGUUUUCUGUAUUUGUGUUAACCAAUUUCUUCUGACUACCACAAGUUAAACAAGUUUUCAGUUUUUUGCCAUUAUGAGUUUUGCUCAAAUUUGUAAAUUACGAUUGCUGAUUUUUUUUCCUCGUCACUUUUUAAGGUAAACAUCUCAUUUCAUUUUGGGGUAUUGGGGCUAGUGUGCAGCCCUACUUGGAAUUUGUAAAAAAAAAUUGGGGGUGCAGAUUGUUAAGAAUGAAAGUGCCAGUCUCACAUGUUAUGACUAUUGGGACCUAUUUUAAGCCUCUGGCUGUCUGUUUUAUUGGCAAGCAGAAGUCCAGGGGAAUGUCAUGUCUUCCUGUUGAUAAAAUGCCUUUGCGUCACAACACAACACUCCACAACGCUGCACACUGCUAAGACCUACAAACAUGUUGUAGUAAGCAAACCAUGACAGCACUUUUUAACAUGAAAAGCUAGAUCUGACCAUCACUGUUCAUUCAUUUUUAUUUACAACAAUGUGAUGCUGAUUGUCUUUAGCAUGUCCCCAACAGGAAUGUCCUUAAAAUGUGGACUCAUGAAGAAAGUGCAUUCUAACUUGUGUUUAUCACAUCUUCUGGAUAAUUUUAUCCAGAACCCCUUUCACUGAGCCUAUCACACCUUGGUAAAUGCAUUUUUGUUUCAUUGUGUCUUUUAAGCAGACCAUUGUCGCCUUGUCUUUUGAGGUAGAACUUUUCUCGGAAAGUAUAGUUAUGUAAGGUGUUUUUAAUGAGAACAGAGAACCUUGAGUGGCAGUAAAGGAGAGAAUGUAUUAUUCAAGAAAAGGUGCCUCAGAGCAGCCUCGUGAGCCUCAGACGCCUUCACAAUGUCCACAGAAAGACAUUUGGAUGUGCUCAUGGCUAAAUUAUAAUCUUACAGAAAGUAUGAAACUAAAUCUGCCAAUGGAAAAGAAAGUCAGCACUUUGCCUGCUUAACUGUUGAUUGUAUCGAAAAGCCAAAGUGGUGGUCUGUUCUGAUGUGGCAUAUGUGUGUGAUGUCACAUUAUUGCAGAAUUAACUGCUGGAAUGUAUUUAAUUGUACCUUAUUGGACUUUAUGUGCACUCAUUUUUUUUUUUAUGUUUUUGCAUCAUUCAUGUUUUCGUCCUUAUGUCAGAUGCAGAGCCACUAAACAUACAGUAGAUAGAGAGGUCUUCUCUUCUUCUUUAAUGUGCCAAAUCAGGCAUCACUGAGGCCUAUGAAAGCUUAUGCUGGAAUCAUAUCUUGCAGUAAGGGGUAUCAGUUACAGACUUAAAAAAGAAAAAGGUUGGGCAAUGCACUUAAGAAGAAGUUGUUUUUGUAAUUCUAAAUGCCUUAUUGUCCAAAAGGACUGUAAGAAGUUAGCCUAGAAAGCAUGUUUCUCAAACAGCAUAACCCAUAUGUAUGAUGUAUAUUUUGAAGCAGCAUUAAGCAGUAUGUAUGUACAGUUACGGUCAAACCUCUUUUCUAUGGUGGGUUGUGUUUGUGUGCAUUAAUUCUCUUUCUGUACAGGUUGCAGAGCUUCAUUGGCAGGCCCCAAUGAAAACCCACACUGUAUGUACAUGUCCAUGUGUCUGUUUGUGAUGACACUUAACUGUUGAAGUUGUGGUGUCUCUAAAUGUUUUGUAAGCCUUUUUUUCCCCCACUGGCUUGUCUGUGCCAGAGAAGGAAAAACGUUUUUUCUUUUUUAAGUUUUUUGCUUUGUUAGCAAGUAAUCAUAAAUGAGGGAGAACUUUUUUCAAACAUACUUUGUAAAUGUUUUACUUGAAAUGUCACAAAUCAGAACCACCCUUGUAUUUUGUUGGUUUAAAGCUGAGAUGGGAGUAGUGCAGUGUAUAUUUAGUAAUGAUUAUUAGAGAGUGUGUGUAUUGUACUGAACAUUAGCACUGAUUGUUGAAGCAUUGUGUACAGGCUUUUUGUUUGAUACUGGCAGUGAUUGUAAUCAGUGCCACAGUCCUACAUUUCAGAGUGAAGACACAAUUACUUCUUGAACUAAGAUUGUGAUUGAGUCCAAAUUUCAAAGAUCAGGUUCAGUGAGAAAUACGACAAAGUAUCUUACAGGGUUCGAUAAGAUUAAUUAAUCUUAGAUGUUCAUCCUUAACCUCAAGAUCGUAAGGAUUACGUCCAGCAGCCAAGUAUUAGUUUUUAGUUUGUUUGUUUGUUUAAAUGUUCUCCUGGUCCCCAACUUUGGCACUGAAUAGGUUCAGGAAUGAUAUUGUUGCACUACUUUUCCUUCUUUAAAUGAAGGCCCAUAUUUUCAUCUGACUGUAUUGAUCAACGUCCUGCAGGAUAUUCAUAUAAUGACACAUAAUUAUUGUACCUGCGAAAUGUACUAGUUAAGGUGAAGUUGGAAAAGGAUCUUAGCUAUGAUUUCAACAUGAGCAGUGGACAUAAUAACAUGAAUACUCUGAUAUAAUGAAAUUCAAUGCAAUAUCCAUGCAGUAAAUACUUAUGUGAACCCAAUUUUGUUUUUGAUGGCUGACAAGUAUUUAUUCUAAGGUGUUUUAUGUUACUGUUUUUGUUUUUUUGCGUGAUGACAGGUGUUCAGGUUAUUGUGUCCACCACCUGUAUGAAUUUGGGGCCUGGUAUUAAGUGAAUAAGUCUGUUUUUCUUUCUGUAAAGCAGUUAAAAACAUUGUCAAACUCACAGUUACAGCUGUUUGUUUCAACAGAUUGUGUUGUUAGAAAUCCUUUGAAAGAAUGUCCAAGGUUUUAAAGUCUUUUAAAGAGCGAAUAUGACUAAUCAUUAGGAUUACUGAUCAUUUGUGAUCAUUUGAGGUUUCUGAAGUGUCCUAAAUUCUCACUUUGAAGAGAAAUAUUGACUAAAUGGUCUGUGACUUCAUGUUAUUUUCUGUAUGCAGUGCUCUUAACUACAUUAUAAUGUUUUGCUAAUAUAUUUCCACAACAUACCAUGCUGUCAGAACCUUAACCUAUACUAUGAAUGAAUGUACAACGGGCCAAUGUAUUGUUUUUCACAGCCUAACUGCAUGGGAUUUUGGUAAGGAUUCUUUGUUUGUUUUUUGCUGUUUUGUUUUUCUAGUCUGCUAAGCAGCCAUACAGAUGUUUAUGAAUUAAUGCCUUAAGUUUGAUCUGUGUAGGAACAGUUUCAUCUUUACAAUAAGCUGUGUUUUUUUAAUUUAUAAAUGUAUAUUGUAUUUCAUUUUGGCUCCCUGGUUACAGAGUAACGGUUUGUUUGUGACUGACUGACUGGUCAUCUGAGUGUUCUGUG